CGGCCAUUCAAACCGCGCAGCAUUGCAUGCUGGGAUACCUUUCUCCAUCAUGGCGGACUAGAGAGUACGCUAAUGAUAACGGUUAGCAUAUUCAACAAUUACUCGGCUGUUAUCUGGUGUUUUCUUUUGAGGAACAGCGCCCACUUCUCGCAAACUAGUGUUAAGUGAGACUGAAGCGCAGCGGUCAUUAGGUGGGGCUUUACAGAACUUUGCUGCAGGUGUAAUGGAGUGUGCAGUGGACGUUCCGUCAGGUGGGGGUGAAGCGCCAGAGAAGGAUGAUGUGAUUGCCAAGGAAGCUACUGAGCCACCUCACAAAAAAAACAAGAAGCACAAAAAGCACAAGAGCAAGAAGAAGAAGAGAAAGAGAAAAGGUGAGAAGGAAAGCAGCUCCGAGUCUGGUGCUGAGUCUGAUGCUGAGCCUCCACCUCCACCAAGACCUGUCAGGACCACGAGAGCCAGUGCGAGACUGGCCGCAGCUGCUGGCUCUGCAGAGCAUGCUGGGCUGAAAACGGAUGGGAAAAAAGAUGCCGUGUCAGCUCAUGCAGAGGCAGAAGGAGAAACAAAAUCCAAAAAGCACAAAAAGCAAACUGCCAAAAAGAAAAAAAAGAAGAAAAAGAAAGAUGAAAAACAGGAAAGGAAGUCCCCGUCUCGUUCUCCAUCUGAAAGCAGCUCGGCUUCAGGUUCUGAGUCUGAAGGCGAAGGAGCUAAAACAGCUGGUGACGGCAAAUUUGUUCCAGCUGCUGGUUCUGAGCCCAAAGAACCAAUAUCAAAACUGGUUCCAAAAGGCAAAGUAGUGGAAGAGGAAGUAGCUCCUGUCCUGAUGCAGAAACCUGAAGUGCUUGAAGUAAAGAAAGAAGAGACGAAAGAUAUGGAUGUGUCAUCCUUUGGAGGGAAAACUAGUUGCACUGAUGUGUCAGAAAAUAUGAGAUCACCCUCUACUGGCCAGAAUGAGGUAACACAGAUCGAAGCGGUUAAGGAAAAGGCAGAAGACCGUCAUGGAGAUGGUACAUUCAGCUGUGCUCAGGAAUUGCCUGACAUUAUUCCAAAACAGGAAGGUACAACUCCAAAAGACGACCCAGCCCUGAAAGAUCAGACCAGUUCAGUUCAAGAGGUAAAAGUCGAAGAACACAACCCAUCCAGGUCUCCAUCUCCUCCCAGGGGAGUGGAAGUGAAGAGGUCAGGAUCAGGCCCAAGUCGGUCACCAUCACCUAGUCUUGGCAAGCAGCAGUUAAGUGUUGAACCAGCAGAAUUUGUGAAAGAACGGUCCAGAAGUCAUUCUAGGUCGAGUUCUAAAGGAAAGCCUUCUCUGUCUUCUCUAAAGUGCAGAGAGCUAUCUCGUUCAAAGUCUCGCUCCUUGUCCCCUAAACCCAAGAAAAAAGUACUGUCACCAUCCCGCAACUCUCCCAAAAAAUCAGAUCGUCGAUCCCGGUCAACAUCUCUCUCUGUCACCCCCAUAAAGAAAGUGUCGAGAUCUCCAAGGAAGUCCAAGUCUCCUAUACGUCGAAGGAGUUCCUUGUCUGUUUCCCCCAAACGACGCAGGAGUUCUCCCUCUCCCAAAAGAAAAGUGUCUCGAUCCCCUCGACGUGGUGGGCGGAGGUCCCCUUCUCUGUCUCGAUCCCCAAGAAAACGCAGAAGGUCGGGGUCACGUUCCCGUGGAGUCCCAAGGCGUUCCAGGACCCGAUCUCCCAGGCGAGGGGGUGCAGUUAGACGUUCACUGUCGCGUUCUGUCACUAAACUUCGCCGCUCCCACUCUAGAUCUAGGCGCCCCAUUGGUCGCUCCAGAUCAAGAUCGCCAGCAAGGCGUGCAGGAGGCAGGCGCUCUAGAAGUCGAUCUAUAUCGAGACGCAGGAGGUCACCACCCCCUAGAUCCCGCCGUUCAAGGUCCAGGUCAAUCCGCAGGAGUCGGAGAACCCGUUCACGAUCCGUUGUUGUGCCUAAGAGAAGCCGCCGCUCGAGAUCCAGGAGUCCUCGCAAACGGACCAAAUCCAGAACGCCCCCUUCCCGUCGAAGGUCUAAAUCGCGAUCGCCAGCCAGAAGGCAUUCUAGGUCCCCUGUGAGGAGGAACCGUUCUCCUCCAAGGUCUGGCAAACGCUCCAAGUCCCGCUCUUUGUCUCGAAGACACCGAACGCCACAGCUAAGCAAAAGAAGGUCCAAAUCACCAAGGAGGAGCGGAAGAGGUUCAAUGUCUAAAUCUGCAUCCGCACUGAACAAAUCUAAAUCCAGGUCCAGGUCUGAAUCAAGUGAUGGAAGGUCUGACAGCUCAUCCUCAGCUAGAUCCAUAUCCAACACCCCAGUUAAAGAGAAUAAGCCUUCCCCGUCUCCCGCAGAGAAGAUGGCCGAAGUAAAAGCAGUCGAAGAAAAUGGAGGACAUUCAGUUGAAACAGCAUGCGUAGCUGGUGAUGAGAAACCAGCUCCUCCAGCAACAGACCUCAGUUCCCAAGGUGGGACUUCCUCGGAAAUGUUGCAAGACCAGCCUGUUGAGGCAAAGAACUGGUAUGCUCCCAGAUCCAGAUCUGCUUCUCAAGAGCCCGGUUCUGGCUCGGACGGUUCAGACGGUUCAGAGGAUAAAGAAGAGGAAUCUCCAGUCAAACCGGUGUUUAAAAGUCAGAAAAGUUCCUCAGGUUCAGCAUCUCCAGAACUACCAAAGAAAAAAUUGUCCAAGUCAAACUCUCCUGCUGAUCGCAGGAAACGUUCUCGCUCAACUUCCAAGCCUCCAUCCAGGAGAAAGUUGUCCAGGUCCAAGUCUCCAGUUAAGAAAAAGGGGUCCGUCUCUCCAUCAGAAAGAAAAAAGCGACGGUCCAAAUCCCGAAGUCCUGCACGGCGACGGAGGUCACUGUCGCGUUCCGUCGCACGACGCAAGCGUUCACGCUCCAAAUCACGAAACCGAAACCGGCGAUCUAAAUCCCGUUCGCCAGGCCGCAAGAGACGUUCUCGUUCCCGUUCAACCAACGUCAGAGGAAGGAGGAGGUCCAAGUCUUCUGACCGGAACAAGCGAUCCAAGAGCCGUUCUGUCGGCCGGAGGAAAAGGUCCAGGUCGGGAGACAGAAGCAGAAGAUCGCGUUCCCGCUCCCCAGAUCGUAGACGCAGGUCACGGUCACGAGGUCGGGGGAGAAGACCACCAUUUCGAAGUCGUUCAUUUGACAGGAGAGACAGAUGGAAGAGGGAACCUAGCCACUCUCCAGUUGUCAUUCUGCGCAAGCAGCGCCGUUCAGGGUCCCGAACACGACGCAGCGCUAGCAAGACUCCUCCACGGCUCACGGAUCUGGAUAAGGAUCAGCUGCUGGAAAUAGCCAAGGCCAACGCUGCCGCCAUGUGUGCUAAAGCAGGAGUUCCCAUCCCUGAGAGUCUUCGGCCAAAAGCCAUCCUCCAGCUCCCUCUGCCCACUCCAUCUCCUUCCCCCAUCUCCUUACCUUUACCGUUACCUCUUCCGAUGGGCAUGGGAAUGCCAAAUAUGCCCAACAUGGGUCCGAUGGGAUUACCCAGCAUACCAGGAAUGCCCACGAUGUCAAACAUCACCAUGAGUGCUGCUGUGGCGAGUAUGACAGCAGCCACAAUGACCGCAGCCUUGACCAACAUGGGUGCCCUUGCGGCCAUGCCCCCCCUUGCCCCUCUCCCCACCAUUUCUAAUAAGCCUCCCCCGUGCCUUGCCCCCCCAACGCCAUCUCUAAACCUGGACCACAUUGAGGAAGUGAAGAGAAAAGUCACUCAUCAGGCCAACAUACACACCAUCAAGGAACUGACUGAGAAGUGUAAGAUGAUUUCGAGCAGCAAAGAGGAGAUGGCUGUUGCUAAGCCCCACGUUUCAGAUGACGAAAGCUAAAAGAGCCACGCCCUCAAGCUACUGCCCUCAAAAGACUGAAAUCAAAUGUAGGAUUCUGUUCAGGAGUUCCCUGUUAGCCAGAGGACCUCACAGCGUGGAGUCGCCGCCGGUAAAACGUAGACACGCCGGCAGCCGUCACUGCCCCACACUUCCCCCAGUUUAACUCUGUUUGAGAGCAAAAAACUUUCACCUGUUGAACCACUGAGAAAACUGGACACACUGAGGCGUGCCCCCAUACCACGACUGUACAGCAAGUUUUAACGUGUGUGUGUGUGUGUGUGUGUAUAUGGCUUUUCACCACCAUCCCACCUCUGCUGCAGACCAUCUAAGCAUCGGUUGUAAAACCUGAAGAGGCACGUGAUUUUGUACGAGUUUCUUUUAUUUCAUUUUAUCUUUAUUCUUUCAUAAGAUUUGUAUCAAGUGAAGACGGCUUCCCUACGCUUCUGUGCUCCCCUCUGUUGUCUGUAGUUCCUGGUUUUACGAUCCAACGUUGCAAAUAAAGUUAACGAUAGAUCCUCACAUGUGAUGUCCCUACAUAAACUAGGAUCGUAAGUAUAGAGCUUCAGAAAGAGCUGAUUGUUUAGAAGAUAGGUGAAAUUUCAGUAAGUUGCAGAAAAACUUUUCUAAAACCGAUAAUUGCGUCAUCAUUACCUCUUUUUUUUUUAAUACAAACAAGCAAAUUUCUGAUCUGGUCUUUAAUCUGGGUUUGAUUUUUUUGCCUAAUGUCAAACAUGUUUUGCUCUUGAUUAAAAAACACAAAGAGUUUUGAACCCAGCAUGGACGUGCAUUUUCAUUUGAACUUAAUAUUUGAUCAUUUCUGGGAAUUUUUAAUGACUUCUACUGAACUAAACCCACUUCUGGUCCCUGACUGACGGGUGCUUUAAGGCGAGCUGGAAAAAGCCGAAACGUUUGAGCGAACAGAGCGUGCUAAAUUUAGAUUUAGAUGAAUUUAUUGAGUUAACACAGAUGAAAAUUUUCUUAGAUGCACAAAAAGCCCUUAUUGUUGGAGGAAACUAAAAGAAAAUAUUUUCACUUCUUCCUCGGUGAUAGAACACUUAAAAAAGAUUGAGUCUAUGUUUUAUCCGGUUUACAAUAAAAUUAAAACAUUUCUAGUUUAAUUUCUAUAUGUCGACACCUUGUGAACAUUAAUUUGCGGCAUCUAGUGACGAACAACCAUAAAAUUCCUAAUAAUUCAGUGUAACCCUCGGAAUGAUUUAAAAUAGUUGUGAAAAUGCUGAUGCACUGGUCCGUGUUGUGCGGGCGCUAGGUAGAGCUCUUUGACUCUUUAAGUUACUGAAGAACAAAGACAAAACCUGGUGCUUCUGUUAGGGGCAGCUUUGAAAAGUGUCUGAUUUAAUAAAAAAAAAUCAUAUUUUUAUUGUAACAUGUAUAAAAAUCCACCCAAGUCCCCCUUUUAAGGUUUUUUCAACUUUAAUUAAAUUUGUUCUGUAAAACAACUAUUAUAACUGCUGGAUUAAUUCCCUGAGGUGAGCUUUAGCUAUUUUAAAUGCAGAAAUACAAGAAAAAAAAAGACAUUUAGUGCUUUUUUUCCCUAUUUGUUUCUUUUAUUUGAACACGAUAUUGUUGCUUGCUUUGUACAUAAAUGUGUUGAUGAUUAUUAAAAACCUCAGCAAUCUGUA